AUGGAAGUUCAACAGAUACUAGAUCUCCCAAAACAGCAACAUCAGGGUGCUGAGGAAAAAGAUCACAAAAUAUUCAGUGGCCACCCUCUUUCGGGACCCGAUCCCACCAGCGCGGCGAAGAAGGAGGUCAAGCAUCGUUUCGAAAUUACUAAGAAGUUAGGUUCCGGUACUUAUGGAAAGGUGUCAUUGGCGUUUGAUCAUAAGUUCGAGCGAGAGACUUUGUCACCCUAA